AUAUGUAAUUAAUUUACUAUCAUUUUUAAUUUUCUAAAAACUUAAUAAAAGAAAUUCAUAAAAUUUCCUUGUCAGAAAAAUAAAUCAAAAAUAAAUAAAUAAAUAAAUAAAUAUUUCUUACCUUUUUAAAACAAUUAAAAGGUUAAAAAAAAUACAAAAAAUAAAAUAAAAUAAAUGGGCUAAGUAAUAAAAAAAUACUUUAAUUUAAAUUCAAAUAAUUAUUAUAUUAGAUUAUUUAUGCUUGGAGUUAAUGCUUCUGGUAGGACGACAAUGCUUUAUAAACUUAAAACUGGACAAACUCUAAAAGUUAACCCAACUGUUGGUUUUAAUGUUGAGGAAAUUAUGUUUAAAGACAAAGUAUUUAACUUUAUGGAUGUUGGAGGUGGAUAUAAAAUAUAUGAUAAUUUUCAUAAAUAUGCGAUUGGCAGUGAUGCUAUAAUUAUAGUUGUUGAUUCCUCUUAUCUUAGCUAUGAAUUUUACGAAAAUCUACUUUAAAAUACGCUUAAAAGUUGCUUGUAAGAAUUGGUGAAUUCAAAAAGAAUAAAAGAU